AUGGAAUAAUUUGAUUCAUUCAAUCCGGUUAGUAUUAGAAACAUUCUUGUCAAGAUCGAAAAUAUUGGUUUCAUCAGUCCUAAUAAAUAGAUUAGCUUAUAUUCCAACGUUCUGAUGAUGUGUCAUGACUUAAUCGUUUAAUUCAUUAAAUCUAAAUAAUAAUCUCUGAUUUGCUUCUUUAUCGAAUUCACAUUUUAAAAGUAUCAAUCAAAAAGCAAAACGUAUGAGAUUUUCAAUUCUUACCUCAAUUCGUUAGAAUAGCAUAAUACUAAAUUAUCGGCUAUAUUUUUAUAUUUAUUCUAAACUGAUUAAUGUAGGAACAAUGCUUUACUCUAUUAAAAAUGCAAUCAAACAAUGAGAGAUUUCACAAAAAUAAAAAAGGAAUAACAAUUAGAUGAUGUGACCCUCAAAUUUAAUGAUAUCAUAACUAUAUCUUAAUUGAUUUUUGAUGACAUUACUGUUGAUCAAAUCAUUCAUCUUCUGACUGAUGAAGUUAUGAAAAACUCGCAGACUCUUAAUCCUCUACUUGAGAUCUCUGCAAGUCAUUUGAUCUAACUUUUAAUCCUCUACAAAUAGGCCUCAGCCAAUUCCAGACCCUUUUCAACACCUAAAAGGAGUCCCAAAAAGGAUUAAAAAAGUUAGAGUCCAAAAUUACAAGGAUUUUACAGAUGGGGAUCUCCAUUCUUUAGUUAAAAUGAAUUUUACAAGAACCCUUUAAAUUAGAGAUUAUUAGAGGACUUAGAACAAUAAGCCAAAAAAUAUCCUAAAACUAGAUUAUUAAACAGCCAAUAUAAUUAUUACAGUCCCUUAACACCCAAUAAAACAAGAUCUGAUUUCGAAUCUAAAGACUCCGUAGUUUCUGAUUUCAUCAAGAUAAAGAGCAAUGACAACUCGAAAAAAUAGAGUCCCUCUGUGAUUUAUCAUACAGAAAGCAGUUUCAGUGAAAAGAAAUAAGAUCCAAUCAAAUAAAGUGGUUGUCUAUAUAACUAUGAAGUCCCACAGACACAAUAGGAAUUAUUGAAAAUUAUUCAAAUGUACUCAAUUUAGUACUUCGAUCCAUCAAUAGAACUUCCAUAACCAUUGGAUGUUAAGAUUAGUUAUGAGCAUUUGAUUGAUCUUUACACAGAGUUAGAGUAAGAAGUGACAUUUAGAAAAACAACUUAUAGAGCUAAGCAAUAUUUUGCUUCAAUAGACCCAAGAUACUUAUAGAUAAAUAAAAAUGAAAAGAUUGAGGCAAUUUCCUAAGUGGAAGGAUGGAUAUUAGGAAAGAAUGAAUUUGGACAUAUAGGAUGUUGUGCCGAUUCUUAUAUCUAAAAAUUAUGA